AAAGCCAAAAAAAAAAAAGAAAACAGUAAUAAAAGCUGGAACCCUCUGCAUUUCUCUCUCGUGGCUCUCAAGUCUUCCACCAAGUAGUAAUUUUAUUUCUUUUUUGGCCUGUGAUUCAGCUUCCUAUGCUUUCUCUAGAUCUUUCUCUUCUCUCUAAAUUCCUAGGUAUUUGAAUUUUGAUAUUCUUUCUUCUCUUUAGAGCAACAUUUCUUCCAAAGUGGGAUAUGUUGAUCUCUUUCAUACCUCUGCACAUAAAGAAGCCUUCCAUUUGUUUUCAAUCUGAGUCCAAGUCUCAACAAGCCAAGAACAAUGAUUUACCCAUUAGUUUCCACUAAAAACCCAAGAAGUUUAACCAAUCCAAGAAUCCCCAGAAUCCAGGAGAGGUACAAAAAGUUAUCUAACUUUCAGUCAAGAUCAAUAUUCAGAUCUUUUCAGCAUCAUAAUGCUAUUCCUAAUAGCAAUACAGUUAACAAGGACAUAAAACCCAAAAUCCAACUCAUAAACCCUAUCAUAGUGACCAACCCAGGUGAGGUUUGUGUCAGGAUUGGCAGGAAAAGCAAGGAAUAUGAGGAGAGGAAAGGUUUAUCCCAAGAAGGUUUUAAGGAAAUGUUGGCUUUGUGUGGGUUGGGAUAUUGGGUGCAAGGUUUUAGGUGUUUUCCAUGGUUGGCUCUAAACUUCCACAUGGCUCACAAUCUUAACUUGCAUCCUUCAACGUUGCAGCUAGUGCAGAACUCUGGUAACUUUCCCAUGGUAGCUAAGCCUCUGUAUGGAAUUCUCUCUGAUGCUCUCUACAUCGGGGGUGCUCGUAGAAUACCUUAUAUUGCCAUCGGAGUCCUUCUGCAGGUCUUGUCUUGGGGGCAAUUGGCUUUGAUUCCAGUUGCAGGUCAAGCCCUUCCUACCCUCAUGGCAUGUGUUCUUUUAAGUAAUCUAGGAGCAUCCAUUACAGAAGUUGCAAAGGAUGCUCUUGUGACAGAGUAUGGCCAAAAACAGAGAAUUACUGGACUCCAGUCUUAUGCUUUCAUGGCUUUAGCCGCUGGCGGGAUCCUGGGCAACUUACUAGGGGGAUAUUUCUUACUCAAAGCACCACCCAGAACCAUGUUCCUCAUAUUUUCAGUUCUAUUAUCUCUUCAGCUUGCAAUUUCUUUAUCAGAAAGAGAGGAAUGUCUUGGUUUAGCCCGACCUUCGGAUUACAUUCUUAAAAGACAAACAAUUUCAGAAAUUAUCAGAAUGCAGCUAUCUGAUCUUAUGGUUGCCAUCAGCGAGGACAGCAUAUUCCGACCUCUAACUUGGAUUGUAGCUUCUAUUGCCAUGGUUCCUAUUCUGUCAGGCUCAAUCUUUUGUUAUCAAACUCAAUGUCUACUUCUUGAUCCUUCUGUUAUUGGAAUGUCCCGAGUAAUUGGCCAAUUGAUGCUUCUAUCCUUGACUGUGCUUUUUGACCGCUAUUGGAAACAAAUUCCCAUGAGGAAAUUGAUUGGUGCUGUACAGGUUUUGUAUGCAUCUUCCCUUCUUCUUGACCUCGUUUUGGUAAGACAGAUCAAUCUAGGAAUGGGAAUUCCCAAUGAAGUGUUUGCCCUUUGUUUUUCUGGUUUAGCAGAAACUCUUGCACAAUUUAAGGUUCUUCCUUUCUCAGUGCUGCUGGCAACUCUGUGUCCACGGGGUUGUGAAGGAUCUCUUACUUCUUUCUUAGCAUCAGCAUUGUGCCUGUCAUCAAUUAUUAGUGGAUUUUGGGGAGUUGGGUUGGCUGCUUUGCUUGGAAUAAAAUCUGGUGAUUACUCACGCUUGCCUGUAGGAAUAAUGAUACAGUUCCUUGCAGCACUAUUGCCUGUAGGAUGGAUUCAUCAAGUACCUAUGUCUCAACCUGUUCAGAAGGGAAGAAAGAAAGGUCUGAGUAGAAGAACUCGAAGAAACAGAAGGAUUGGAAGAGUAGUGGUUGGUUCAGUUUUUGUGUACCGGCAAGAAAGAGAAUCUGAGGUACAGCAGUAGAGAAACUAUUCAGUUUGGCAGUGAGAACCUUUUUUGGGCAUGAGCUGUAAAAGGAAAAAUGCAGGAUAGUUGAAGUCCCAUAUUUUAAUGACUUGAUGCCACCAUCUAUGAAUAUCAGUGCUUACUCAAGUAUCCUUUGGUGUCAACCAUCAUAGAGAUCAGAUCAUCACUGUGCAUGCAGCAGUUUUCCAACAUACGCAAAGGUCUUGCUUUUGAACAUUGUUCUUUUUGUUCUGAGCUCUGACUGUGGAAUGAGAACGCCAUGCAUUACUUUGGAAAUUUGUUGAAUUGGUCGACCUACUUCUUUCCAAGCUUCCUGCAACAAUAUUGGCUAGCAGUACCAACCAAGUUCAGAUAUCUGGGAACCCAUUAGCAAAGGAUGAUGAAGAAGAUUCGGGAUGGACCUGUGAAAGAUCCCUGAUCAUGUGCAGAUGAAUUGAAUUUGUAACCGAACAUUUACAUGGUUUUGUAGUUUGUAGUACAGGAAAGAUCCGGUUUUGGGAAAAAUAAGAAAAGAGCCACUUAUCAAUUCAA